AUGAUUUUGCACACUGUGUUGGAUUGGUACCAGCAUCUGCCAACUUCUGAUGUCGUCCAGUGGCUCAUGCAAACGCUGAAUUCCGAUGUUCAAUAUCCAAUGUACUAUAAGCUCACCCGCAACCAAGAUCACCUGCGGGAUUUAACACUCUUUUCUGGUAUUGGUUGGCAUGUACGCCCCAGUCAACAAAAGGUAAAGGUCGGUGUCGUGCUCCUUAUUUCACUUCGCUUAGAGCCAGUCAGAAUGCAUUUCCUUUCAGCGUAUGCCCUGAUCAACAUGUCGCGCACAGUUGGCCUGAGCGAGCCGCCCUCUUCCCCUGAUAUCCCCAUCGAAAUACCACUAACAGAAGAGCAACAAGCUGAAGAACUUGCUGCCGAAAAAACGCGUAAAGUAACCUGGUUCCGUUGGCGGACAAACGCGUCCAAGAAAAAUCGUGGCCUCAAGAAGGAAAUCUCCGUAUUUGAAAGCGCACUGCUGCCGAAGUCGCGCGCAAAAUCUGUCGAAGAAAUCUACAUGGAUAUGGUCUACGAUGAACGGAUCAAACCUCUAGUAGCGGCUGAACAAGAGGCAGGUAAUGUAGCUACAGCUGGUCGCCGCAUGGCAUUGGGCCGAAAGUUUUGCAAAGAGCUCCUGGAAGAUGAGUCAGACCAGGUGAAGAAGGAGGUGAGAGAGAAGUACAAUAAGCAGAAAAAGGUAAAGAAGGACAUGCUACACGAUAAAGCUGACGAUGACGACGAUGACGACGAAACCGACACUGAUGCCAUUGUGAAAGGUAUCGACGAUUUACCAAUCAUAUGCCAGUGCUUUGCAUGCCUCAUCAAGAAAAAGACUCGAUUUAUAGUCUCCUUCAUGUGCGCUGGACCGGACCCGAGGCAGAAUUGGAAUAUCGUAACUUUAUCGUGCCAUCCAUCAGAAACUCCUGCUGGGAACGACUUUUCUCAGUUAUGCCCUGACAAGGACAACACUUUCCUUGCCGCAUACAGUGGCUCAAAAAACUGUCCACAUGUUUGUGCUAUUUUCACCAUUUACAUUAUUGUAUAUGAAUGGACAGGUAAACCAAGGAUAUGCCAGUGA